AUGGCGGCAAUACUGGAAGCAGAAAAGGACUACGAGGCUCGUCGGAAGACCUGGAAAUAUCGGUGGUUCGGUGUCGAAGCCAAAACGACAACGAAGGAUGCGGGGCCGGUUGUAGGCGAAAAAACACAAAAAAACCCGCGGGCGUCUUCUCUUCCGGAGGAUGGGCCCCCACCCACGCCCAUCGUUCAAUAUCAUAUCAACCAGGUCCCCAGCAAUGACCCGAUCGAAGACAGACACAGCGAGCAUCGCCUCAAGAACGGCGUGAUAAUGGCCGUUUUUGACGGGCAUUCUGGUACCGAGUGCGCAGACCUUCUUCAAACGUAUCUCGCGCCGUAUAUUAGCAAAGCACUGUCGGAGAUGUCGGAACCCCCACCGGCCCGAAAGUCAGAGCCCCUUUCGAACAUAGAGCAAUGGCCGCCGGCGACUCAAGCGCGGAAAGCGCAAGUUGUGCAAGCCCUCAAGCUUGCGUUCAGGCGCCUUGACGCCGACAUAUGCAAUGCUGCUAUAGACCCUAUCCCGAACCCGCUCCCCAACGACACCUGGAAAAAUGCUUUGCGGCCGGCCCUCGCUGGCGCUUGCGCCAUUGUCGCAUACAUCGAGGGGAACGACUUGUACGUUGCUUGCACUGGUGACUCCCGCGCCGUCUUGGGCCGUCACCGCGGGGACGGAACCUUCCAAGCCCUGGAGCUCAGCGCCGACCAGACGACCACCAACCCAAGCGAGUAUGCGCGGCUCUUGGAAGAGCACCCGGGGGAAGGGGAGACGGUCGUCAUCCGGGGCCGAAUUCUUGGGGGACUAAUGCCGACUCGGGCAUUUGGAGACGCAAUCUAUAAGUGGGCAUCGGAUACCAAACAAACACUCGGGGUGAUCUCGAAAGGACGAGAUGCCUUGUUCAAGUCACCUCCUUACGUCACAGCCGACCCAGAAGUUACUUACUAUCACCUCAACUGCGACCGGGACAAAUGCCUGAUCCUGGCAACGGAUGGAAUCUGGGACAUGUUGUCCAGCGAUCAGGCAGUAGAUCUGGGCGGAAACUGGUCGUUUGACGACCCAAACGCGGCGACACACCUGAUCCGCAAUGCUCUCGGCCGCGGCGAUCGAUCGCUCGUUGCGAAGCUUAUUCGUAUCCCGCCGCCGUACGCUCGUCGCGCUAGAGACGACAUGACAGCGAACGUAAUCUUCUUCUCCGACGGGAAGAACAACGGUACCUUCCACCCGGCAGUCUCGAUGGACACUAAUGGCAGCAAUACAACCCUGAACAAUAGCGACCUGCCCACGGACAAGCAGGGCCAAGCGGUCGAUCCAUUUACGCCGGUCGACUUGUCGCUUGCGGCGCCCAAGAAGGGCCGGCUUUCUGACUGGAUUCAGGAGCUGAAGGGGAUUCAAGAAAAGUUGCGGAGGGAGGGGCGGGAGUAG